AGACUGCACUGUGUAUGCUUGUGCUGCGACUCUGUAUGGGUCUUCUGACCUCAGAGGAAUCCCUGCAAUUCCCUGAACUCUGGAAAUAGCAAGAUGGGGCACAUAGUUCUUUCCCUGUCCUUGGUGACUGGUACCCCUGGGUCCCAAGAAUCUGCAAUGCCUCAUCUCCCAAGCAGCUAAUCAGAGGAGACUGAGAAGAUGAGAAAGGCUAUACGUGGAACCAACCAGGAAAGAGCCGGUUUGCCCAAGAUGAUGCCUCCGAAGCUAGGAACCUUGAAUCUGUUGGUUUAUUUACAAAGCCUUGGGAAACUGGAAGGGAGGCAAAGCCACCCAGAAUCUAAAAUCCUCUGAGAUAAUUUCUGUCAUCAACUUGGAAGCCACACUGCUCUGGCUGCUGUCCAGCGCCUGGGGGGGGGGGGUCACAGAGUCCAGGCAGUGCUAUGAGCACAGGCAGAGGCUGCAAUUCGGGCGCCACCCGGACACUUUGCGCUCCAGUGGGCUUUGCGCUCUGAAGAUGUGUCCCCGCACCAUCUUCCCAGGCGCUGUGCGGGAGGUCUGAAACAGCCCAGCUGGUGCCUCGAAAGGGAGUUUCUAGAAGCUCCAUCUCUGCUGCCUCCCCUCCCCUUCAGAUUUGGAAUUUUACCCUCUCCAGGCAGCUGCUGCAGCUAUACAGCAUCCGCCCGCCCUCCGAGGGGACGAGGUGCCACCGACGCCGCUUGCCUCGGGCUGGUCUGAGGGCUUGACCACAGUGCCGCGGUGUCCCGGAUGCUCCCGAGCCGGGGCUGGGGACUCCCCGCCCUUGCGCGCGACCCCGCGGCCGGGCAGGCGGCGCUUGCGGCGGGCAGGGGGCGGGCAGGGCAGAUGGGACUCGUCCGGGGGUAGCCGCCUCCUCUGCAUCCUGCCCGCGCAUCCCGGAGCCCAGUCGCAUCCUCCGCCUCUGCCUCGGCGGCUGCCAGCCUCCGCCUCGUGCCACCUCGGCCUGCCGCCUCCCCCGCCGCUGCGCCCCCGGUGGCUGUGCCUCAGCGGAACCCGGAGGGGGCCUGUGGCGCGUCGGCCGCCCGCUUGGCUCGGCUUGGCCAGGAGGCGUGCAUGCCCCUGCUGCCCGUGGCGCUCAUCAGCAGCAUGCUCUAUUUCCAGAUGGUGAUCAUGGCAGGGACGGUGAUGCUGGCUUACUACUUCGAAUACACCGACACGUUCACCGUGAACGUGCAGGGAUUCUUCUGCCACGACAGCGCCUACCGUAAGCCCUACCCGGGCCCAGAGGACAGCAGCGCGGUGCCCCCAGUGCUCCUCUACUCUCUGGCCGCUGGCGUCCCGGUGCUCGUGAUAAUAGUUGGAGAAACCGCAGUGUUUUGCCUGCAAUUAGCCACGAGAGAUUUUGAAAACCAGGAAAAAACUAUUUUAACCGGAGAUUGUUGCUAUAUAAACCCACUGGUACGCCGAACUGUCCGAUUUCUUGGAAUUUAUGCAUUUGGACUGUUUGCUACAGAUAUCUUUGUAAAUGCUGGGCAAGUGGUUACAGGAAACCUGGCUCCACACUUUCUGGCUUUGUGUAAGCCUAACUACACAGCGCUUGGGUGUCAGCAGUACACACAGUUUAUCAGUGGGGAGGAAGCAUGCACAGGCAACCCAGACCUCAUCAUGCGAGCAAGGAAAACAUUCCCAUCCAAAGAGGCUGCCCUGAGUGUCUAUGCUGCCAUGUAUCUGACGAUGUACAUUACCAGCACUAUCAAAGCCAAAGGAACCAGACUUGCUAAGCCUGUCCUGUGCUUGGGAUUAAUGUGUUUGGCCUUUCUUACUGGACUCAACAGAGUAGCAGAAUAUCGAAAUCAUUGGUCAGAUGUGAUAGCAGGCUUUCUAGUCGGAAUAUCUAUAGCAGUAUUUCUGGUUGUAUGCGUGGUAAAUAAUUUUAAAGGAAGACAACCAGAAAAUGGGCAUAUACACAGGGACAAUGUGGCCCGGAUGCCGAUGACCAACAUUCCUCGAGUAGAAAGCCCUUUGGAAAAGGUAACAUCUGUGCAGAACCACAUCACUGCCUUUGCGGAAGUCACAUGAUAUUGAAGCAGAUGGUUUUUCCCUGCACUGGACAUCAUCCCUAUUUACCAUACAUUCAUAACAAAGUUUAUUUGAUUACACAGGAAAUUUAUAAAAUGUCGGAGACUUUUUAUAAUUUUAAAACUUGAUAGCACUCUCUCUGCCCCUCCCUUCCACUAGACUGUGAGCCCCUCAAGAGCAGGGCUAUGCCUUCCUCUUCUGUAUCCCCACCACCCACGACAAAGCCCAGCACAAAGUGUGGGUGUUCAGUAAAAACACCAUGACAAAAUGAACAAGUCAAUUCUUAAAUAAAAUGGUUGCUUUAGUUUCUCAAAAGAAUCUCUGUGGUUACGUGGAAAGAAACCCCCACAUGGGUUAUAUUUGUAUAAAAGAAACCCUCUAUUUUGGGCUAGUUAAUUCUUUUUAAUUUUUCAUAUAUCUAUUCAGCAGUAUAGCAUAUUUAAUUUGAAGUGAAUUUUGAAAGUUCUGGGGGCUUUUUAUUAUGCAGCAUGACAUUAUUUCCAUUUUAACAGAUUUCAGUGUGUGGAAUCACUUUACUUUUAGAAAGUAUGUCCUAUACUAAAUUGUUUGCUCAUUAUAUUGUGCUAUAUUUCACUUAAAACACCAUUCAUACUACAUAUUCUAAGACUGGUGCUUCUGCUUUUAAAGGGGAAAAUGCCAAUUUUUACUGUCACUGAGUAAUGUAUCAUAAUUAAAAUUAUUUAUUUGGACUUUUUCUUUGACAGUUGUGGUUUAAUGGUUGUGCUGCAACUUUUUUAAUGCAGGCAAUAUUUAGAAUACAUUAAGGUAAAUCCAGCCAUGAUACCUUGUUAUCAAGUAAAUUUCCAGCAUUAACCGUGUCUCAAAAUUGGCUAUGGUCCAUUAUUAAAUUUUCUAAUUGGUCCAGAACUCAAAUAAUUUAAAUGAGAAAGAACCACACCUUAAAAUACUAUCAUGAAGAUACUAGAAAUAUAUUUAAUGUAUUUUUGUAAUUGCCUAAUACUUUAAUUAAAACAUAUUUAUAUUUAUCAUUUAAUCCUCAUGGCAAUCCUAUUUAAAUAUUGAAAGAUGACUUUAUUUACAUAUUAUAAAAAUAAAGCCAAGACCGAUAACAUGCCCAGUCCCUACCACUGGUCAAGGGAAGAGUUAAAUCUAAAUUCAGAUUUACCCUGAAACUAUCAUUUUUCUCAAAUAUGCCACAGUUGCCUCAACAUUCAUGACACUGAGGCCAUUAAGAGGCCAUUAGGGUUCUGAGAAACUACCUAUGUUUAAGAAAAUAAAUGAAGGAAUGCUAAAAUAGGGAACAGAAGUCUGCAGUAUUUUAAAAGCUUACUUACAUGAAGGAACAUAAAGCAUCUCUUUCAAAAGCAGAGCUAUUUAGGAUUCUAUUUAUAAUCUUAUUUUAAAAUAAUGACUUUCUAGUGUCUGCAUGUGAGGCUUUUGGUAGAAGAGGGGUCCAAAAGAAGAUUCUCAUCUCUGCACCUCAGCUACCACUCAGGAAGGGGGUUGAGGGACAGGCUAUACAGUGACCAUGUAAGUUAAAGAUGAAAACAGUCUCCACAGAAGGAGGAUGAAGUCAUGAGUCACUCUGCAAUCUCAAAAGCUAACCCAAGAUACUUCGACUUAAAUGUGCAGAAAAUGAUUUUUUUAAUCUUUCUAAUCUAAACAUUUAAUUUACUCUCUUAAUUUCAACAGAAAUCAGCAAAUAAUUAAAACCAAAGGCUUCUCUGUUAGUUCCAGAUGGAUUUUGAUUGCCCAAUUUCAAUCCCGCAGAACUCAAAAUAUAUCUACCAAAACCCAAAAUAAAAAAAAAAAAUCUCAUUUCUAUGAAUUACAGAUCUCUAUAGCAGUUUUAUUCUUUUGGAAGUGUAGAGCAAACUUUGCAUGACUUGACAAUCUUUAAAGACAUUGUUUAGAAGGCAUUAGCAAUGGCAAAUUUGCUUCCUAGGACUGAAAUAAAGGAUAUUACCAUAAUGCCAAGCAAAGACAGGGUAGCUGGCCAGGUCUAUACAGUUGCUCAACACUACUGGUCCUAUAUCCAUUCAGAUGGACCCAGACAGGAGUAAAUUUUCCCUUGGAGGCCUUAACAUUACAUAAGUCAACGAUGAAAUUUUUCCACCUUCCUAAACCUGGUCAGAUUAAAAGAGUUAUAAAUUAGAGAACUAAUCAGGGUCAAAGUUAAAUCACUUCUUCUAUUAUAUUUAAGCAUCAUGAACCCAAGAUUGUACAAUGACAAAGUCAGGAAAAAUUAAAGAUGCAUGUGAAUUAACCAAACCCAGCCAAGAGUGCUUAACCAUGAUGCAAAUACUUAGAAUUAUUUUAAAAUUUAUACCUUUAAGAAAAUGUCAAAACAAUGGCUGGAGCUAGAUUUCAGUGAUACAGCACUUGCCUAGCAUGCACAGGACCUGGGUUCAAUCCCUAGGACCUGUAUAAGAAAGCACUAAUAUCAAUAUAUAAAUAUGUACAUACAUAGUCUAGUAAAAGCAGGCAAUCACAUGCCUUUGUGAUAGAGACUCUCAUUUUUAUUCUGCUUCUUUGGGGCCCAGGUCAGUGUAAAUUGUUCAAGAUGAAAACUUCAGUAGUAUCUGUUUGCAUGGCAGAAAUUCUGCACAAGUCUUAUCCGAUGAUGCCUAAGGUAACUUAAAAGGCUCUUUUAUGUUAAAAGAGAGGUGAACCUUCUUUGAUAGAGUUUGUCUAUUCGACUUCUAACUGGGCCUCUCUUUUUCUCAGGAUCUAUCCUAGCCAAAUAUCUCGUUACAUUUCCAUAGUUUUCUUUGUGAAAGAACAGUGGGGGAGGAAAGAAUUCUCUGCUGUGUAUUGUAUUUUUCAAAUAAAAAUUUAAAAACUAAAUUAAAAAAAAUAAAUUUCUUUUUCCCUCAUGGAUUGGUCUUUAUUGGGGUUGAGGAAUAAAGAAUGCUUGCCAAUGUGCAUCGAGUUAAGAGCUCUCAUAUUGACCGGAGAGUGUUUAAAAAUGUCCCAAACUGGCCCUCAUAAUAUCCCUUGAAUAUUCAGGAAUCUGAUCUGGCUGCAUAGUGACAAAUUAUAAACUUCUAGAAACUACUUUAGACACCACACAGGUGUGUAAUUUAUAGCCAAUCUUCUUCUUGUUAAUGACAAGGAACUAAGAUGCGAAUGUAGCCCUUCAUCCCGUUCCUAUGGGUAUCAUCUAUUAAACUUUGUG